AUGGAUAUAAAUGAUUGUGACCCUGACCCCUGUACCAAUGGUGGUACGUGCAUCGAUGAAGUCAACAUGUUCACUUGCAUAUGUGUAUCGGGCUACACAGGAUUGAUUUGUGACAUAGAUAUGAACGACUGUGACUCUGACCCCUGUACCAAUGGUGGUACGUGCAUCGAUGAAGUCAACAUGUUCACUUGCAUGUGUGUAUCGGGCUACACAGGAUUGAUUUGUGACAUAGAUAUGAACGACUGUGACUCUGACCCCUGUACCAAUGGUGGUACGUGCAUCGAUGAAGUCAACAUGUUCACUUGCAUGUGUGUAUCGGGCUACACAGGAUUGAUUUGUGACAUAGAUAUGAACGACUGUGACUCUGACCCCUGUACCAAUGGUGGUACGUGCAUCGAUGAAGUCAACAUGUUCACUUGCAUAUGUGUAUCGGGCUACACAGGAUUGAUUUGUGACAUAGAUAUAAAUGAUUGUGACCCUGACCCCUGUACCAAUGGUGGUACGUGCAUCGAUGAAGUCAACAUGUUCACUUGCAUAUGUGUAUCGGGCUACACAGGAUUGAUUUGUGACAUAGAUAUGAACGACUGUGACUCUGACCCCUGUACCAAUGGUGGUACGUGCAUCGAUGAAGUCAACAUGUUCACUUGCAUGUGUGUAUCGGGCUACACAGGAUUGAUUUGUGACAUAGAUAUGAACGACUGUGACUCUGACCCCUGUACCAAUGGUGGUACGUGCAUCGAUGAAGUCAACAUGUUCACUUGCAUGUGUGUAUCGGGCUACACAGGAUUGAUUUGUGACAUAGAUAUGAACGACUGUGACUCUGACCCCUGUACCAAUGGUGGUACGUGCAUCGAUGAAGUCAACAUGUUCACUUGCAUAUGUGUAUCGGGCUACACAGGAUUGAUUUGUGACAUAGAUAUGAACGACUGUGACUCUGACCCCUGUACCAAUGGUGGUACGUGCAUCGAUGAAGUCAACAUGUUCACUUGCAUAUGUGUAUCGGGCUACACAGGAUUGAUUUGUGACAUAGAUAUGAACGACUGUGACUCUGACCCCUGUACCAAUGGUGGUACGUGCAUCGAUGAAGUCAACAUGUUCACUUGCAUAUGUGUAUCGGGCUACACAGGAUUGAUUUGUGACAUAGAUAUGAACGACUGUGACUCUGACCCCUGUACCAAUGGUGGUUCGUGCAUCGAUGAAGUCAACAUGUUCACUUGCAUAUGUGUAUCGGGCUACACAGGAUUGAUUUGUGACAUAGAUAUUGACAACUGUGAUUCUAAUCCCUGUUUGAAUGGUGGGACAUGUACAGAUGGUGUCAACUCUUAUACGUGCAUGUGUGCUGCUGGUUAUACUGGAAUGAACUGCCAAAUGGAGCUAGAGCCGAUCCGAGUUCUAUCUUCACCGACAAGUCUUACGAUACACGCUCUUGAACGUGUGGAGAUGAUGUGUAGCUUUGAGAAUGCGAUUCGGUUUGAAUGGCAGAAGAAUAACGUAACGGUCCCUGGAACUGAAAACCAGCGUGCAUACACCAUCGCAUCAAUGACCCCUGCACAUAUCGGAUACUACCGCUGUCAAGGUGAAGGCAGGAAUCAGAAUGGUGCUAGUACCGUGGUUUUUACUGAUCAGGCUGCCAUUUACAUCAAAGAGUUAUCUAACAUAAUAAUCGAGAAUGCCAAGUUUAAUAUCAACGUCACAUCGUCAGGGGAUCUGUCAGACAUUGCAUCUCAAUAUUACCAGGAUGCUGCGGAAAUGGUCACAAAUUACGUUCAAACGGGCAUGGUGGAGACGGGUAAUUUUGAGGGAAAUUCGUUGUACGUGGUACCCUCCAACCUUCGCGAAGGAAGCAUCAUUGCUGACCUGAAUAUGUACGUCGAAGACAACGAGACGUCUUCUUUCCAGAUUCAACAAAGUGUCGAAGAAUCCUUCCUCGACUUGUCGUCCCGGCCAGACGGAAUACUUGACGCAUCGAUCGUCAAGGUUAUCAGCACCGCAAUUUGUCCCAGUUUUACAUGGGUGUCAAGAUUCGGUGAGGCUCUCUUCGCGAAGGGAGAGUUGAAUUCCCGGUAUAAUUCAACAGGACGAGAUUGUCCCUUCAAUACAACUAAUGCGCACCAGCCUGUUGCUACAGCCUUGUGUGUUGGAGACAUGAUUAGCAGAGCCAAAUGGGUACCUGAAAAUAACUGUGGCGAUUUCAGGAAUGUAACAGAGCUGUUAAAAGAUAUUGAUAAUGUUGAGAUCACCGAGGAUACGGUUGAGGAAAUUACAGAUCAAGUUGCGAUCAUUACCACAAACACUGAAGAAAUCACCGCCUCGGAUGUCACCCUAGUUUCAAACAUUGCCACCGACGUAGCAGCUCAGAACAACAGUGGGAGAGAGUUUACUGCUGUGGUGACGAGCAUUGUCAGCAACAUUGCCUCGGUUGACAUGACCGAACUCCAGGAGGCAGAACAAAACACCAAUGCGAUCUCAAACAUUCUCAUGGCCUACGAGACGCAGCUCAACAACGUCGAGGUUGCAGAGGGAGAACCAUUCGAUGUAGCGGAGCAAAACAUUGCAGUUCAGGUUCGGAGUGUACCCUCAGAAGAGCUAAAUCAGGGGCUGGUCCUUUCCCUCUCUGGGGAUAGUUCUACAGACCUCUCUGGUUCCAACAUUACCGUCAGAGCAGGAGGGGAUACCCCUUCGGAAGGAACCAGUGUCGGUCUUAUAGCUGAGAUAAGCUUUCCUCCUGAAAUCGCUGCCAUCGCUUCAGGAGCUUCAACGGGCAAUGUUAACAACACGAAUAUCAACAUCAUCAUGAGUGUCUUCUCCACACCGGCACUGUUUUUCUCACCCUCGCUUCUUAACUUCAGCAAUGAGAACCCAGGUGUCAAUCGGACCGCCAACACACCUGUCAUUCUAUUAAGUGUCGGUGGGGUAAUUCUUGCAGACCUAAACCAAACGAUUAACCUGACUUUUACUGCUUUGGUGCCUGAUUACGAGAAUCAGACGUGUGUUUUCUGGGACGAGGAUGAUUCAGAGUGGUCCUCUGAUGGAUGUCAUCUUGUUCUAGAAGACUUGGAGACCACGGAGAUCUACACGUGUGCAUGCGAUCACCUUACCAACUUUGCGAUUUUAAUGGAUAUCCAUGAUGUAACUACCGAGUAUACCUACAAUAUCCUGAGCUACAUAGGGUGUGCAAUCUCUACUGUAUGUCUACUGAUCGCACUUGUGACAUAUCUCUGGAAUAAGAAGCUACGAAGUCGUCAGACAAACAAGAUUUUCAUCUGCCUGUGCGCCACCAUGCUGGGCCUGUACACCUCGUUCCUCGCCCUGCUUGUCUUGGACACUACGCGAGGAGAUACGGAGGUGAACGCGGUAGCGUGCGGGUUUCUGGCCGGUGUCAUCCAAUUCUUCGUACUUUCCUCCAUUGCGUGGAUGGGAGUGGAAGGCAUCAAUACCUACCUGGUCAUCGUAAAGAUCUUCAAUACAUACAUACCAAACUUUAUGGUCAAGGCCGGUCUUGCAGCCUGGGGAAUCCCUGCGAUCAUUGUUAUCCUGACUGGCGGUAUUGCAAAUACAAACUAUGCCAGGGAAGAUGUCUGCUUCCUUCGCCUCUGGUCUCAAGUCGGCGGCCUUCUGAUACCUGUAGCCGUCGUCCUGAUCACCAACAUGGUCAUCUUUAUUAUGGUCAUCCGACAGCUAUCAAAAUCGGCUCAGAUAGCCGGAAAAGCAAAGAAGGACAAGGAUGGGAAGCGCGAAGAGAUGAUUGAACGCGUCAAGAAUGCAGUGACAAUCCUGGUAUUGAUGGGGCUGACUUGGACGACUGGAUAUCUCCUACUAAUCGAAGCCUUUACUCUGGUUGUCCAGGCCUUAUUCAUCCUGUUCAACUCCUUCCAAGGUCUCUUCAUCUUCAUCCUGUACUGUGUGCGGAAGCCUCUAGUCCGUCAGCAAUGGGGUUUGACCUGCUUCUGGUGCGAUGGAGAAGGUACGGGGAGUGAUGGAAGACGGGUCUCAUCCGCAUCUGAUAGCCUGACUACCAUCUCUAAGUUCUUCAGCAGCAGACGUGUGAAGAAGUACAACGUUCGCGAGGAGAGUCUAACCGGAGUUUCAAAUGGCGCAGACUCUUCAGUGUCAGCGUCAGUCUCCAAUCCAACAUAUCAUGACCCCGACUUUGGCACUUAUACCGAACCCUCUGACGAAAGCAAAAUCUAAUCUCAGUGGAUGAAUACAAAUCCCUGCUAAGCUCCUUUAUCUCUAACGAGAUUCCUUCAACUCUACUUUUGGUUCGUAAUAUAGGCUCCCACUCCGGUCUCUUUGUAGGUCUUCUUUUUUAAAUACUGUCGGCAAUUAAAGCACUAUUAUCCCUGACGAAAUUCCUUAUAUUAACUUUUAUUAUUAUGCCACAUAAGUGGAUGAAAGCUUGCCUACUAAAUUUCAAGGUUGGUAGAAGCUUAAACGACAUGUUAUAAUUAUCCAAACCAAUGAAAGUUUUCUGUAUCACUUCUAGUUUUAGUUUGUAAAAGAGUUCCCAUAGGUUUGUGGGUUUGUCUUCUUUUUUAAAUGCUGUCGGCAAUUAAAGCACUAUUAUCCCUAACGAAAUUCCAAACCUUCUACUUUUAGUUAGUAAUGUAGGCCCUUCAGGCUUCUCUAACUGUCUUUUUCUAUUAGUGUUAUAGUUGUGGGCAAUUAAAGCACUCUAGCCCUAAGCCUAAGGAAAUACCUUAGAUUAUACUUUAAUUUGUAAUAUACAGUCGCUUAGUGUAUCCUCUUUUGAUUUUGAUGUCAGCAAAGGCAGUACUCAUUCAAGACAUCUAAUAUAAACUAAUGUUUGUUAAUGUAUAGACAUCAGGUAAAUUUAAACGUAAUGGAGCAAGUUUAGGAGGAAAAAAAGCUACAGAUGUGAUAACUUUAUAGCACACUGAUAAAUAUUUGAGACUUGUUAGUCUAUAUUGACUAUUGCUUAUCUAGUACUAUUGUAUAUCUUUAAAAUCUGCCUUUAAACUGGUUCACAAAAACACACGUUCGUUCAUUUGUUUACGCUGUACAUACUGAAAGAAAUGAAUGAGUUAAUAUAAUGUAUGAUGAAUGCUUCGUCAACAUUGGCAUUUAACUAUGAAUUUGAGCAGAAUUAAUUUGUGUUUUUAUGUAUUACGGAAUGCUGGUCAUUCAAUGCUUUUAUUGUAGUAACUUGUAUAGUACAUUUUAAAAGUAAACUUGCAUGCAGCUGACUUAGAAUGGUCGAUAUUACAUGCCCUUUUGCCUUAUGGAACAACAUUGAGAUUAGUCGCAUGAUAUACCAUAAGAAGCGUGUUAGGUUCCGAUUAAAGCUGAAUGAGAUAUAAUUUGCGACCUUUCUCAUCUUUUUUAAGUCUGUUGGAAGAAUAUGAUGUUUGAAAUUUGUCCCUCUCUAAAACGUUUAGACCAAAAAUGUCAUGACACAUGUGUGUGUAGUCCCUUUUUUGUUUGGAAGACGUAUCAGUUAUUCGAGGGUUAUUCUCUUCCUAAUCUGUAGGUUCGAUUAAUGUAUGCAAUGAUGUAAUACAUAGAUGAGAAGAAAUUUGUAUGAUCCACUUUUAUUUUUUUCAAGCUUGCUAUAGAUGUAUAAUAAUCAAAUCUAUGCCAUACACAUUGGUGACAUUCUUCUGGGUUGUUUUGAUAUUUUUUUCGUUAUUAUAUGGAUUAAUGAUCUCUAUAUUAGCUUAAUUUUUCAAUCACUGCACCCUCUCAAUCAUUUCAAUACUCUAUGAACAAGGUAUAUCGCAUUGUAAUUUUAGUUUUAUUAAAUUUGCACUGUUAAUAAAUGUAUUAAAAUCAAUCAUGUACAUUAUGUCCAACCAUCUACAGACAGGCAGGGGAUUAUAAUAGGCUCCUUAAUAUUAGGUAGGUGUCAUGGUCUAGUGGAUACGUCAUUGCACUCUGGAUCAUAUAGCUCGAGGUUCGCGUCCCGCCACGGCACUAAUAUCCUUUGGCAAGACAUUAAUCUACCUUCGCCACUCUCCACCCAGGUGAAGUAAAUGGUUACCCGGUAGGAUGAAAUUAUCUAAAUGUUUUAACGCCUUAUUAUGGUGGCUCAGCUACUGCCGGAUAAUUAUGAUACUUUGUUUUAAGUGCAGUAUAUAAUCAUAUAGUAGCUGCGCUACAGAGAUAGACCUAUUCAUAAGUACACAGAAUGUCUUGCUGGAUAAUAAUAUAACACUUUGUAUUAAGCGCAGUAGAUUAUAUUCAUAUAGUAGCUGCGCUGUAUAAUUGGACUUUUUCAUAAGUAAUAAUAAUAAUAUCGAAUAUUCAGGAGCCCUAAAAACAAUAAGUACUAUAGUGCUUACAAAUACAAAUAUAUGAAAAGAGGACAAAAAUGUACAGCACAGGAAAUAUAUCAAGUAGAUCAUUGGGGGAAGGGUGAUUUUGAGGGAUGUUUUUUAAGUACACAGAAUGUCUUGCUGACAAAGAUAUAAGGAAACGUAUUUUGGUCUCCAAUAGCAGCUACUGCAGCGCAAAUUUUGUAUUGUCAGUAAAUAAAAUCUUUUACCUAUUAUAACAUAUGCAGACUUGUAUUCACGUAUUCAAUGUAUGAUAAUGAUAUUAUAUAAAUGGACUUAUUCAUAAGUACACAGAAUGUCUCGCUAACAACAAAAUGAGGAAAUGUAUUUUGGUCACAAAUGGGAGCUACUGCAGCAGAAAUUUUGUAUUGUCAUUAAAUAAAGUCUUUUACCUAUUAUAACAUAAGCAGACUUGUAUUCACGUAUUCAAUGUAUGAUAAUGAUAUUAUAUAAAUGGACUUAUUCAUAAGUACACAGAAUGUCUCGCUGACAACAAAAUGAGGAAAUGUAUUUUGGUCACAAAUGGGAGCUACUGCAGCAGAAAUUUUGUAUUGUCAGUAAAUAAAGUCUUUUACCUAUUAUAACAUAUGCAGACUUGUAUUCACGUAUUCAAUGUAUGAUAAUGAUAUUAUAUAAAUGGACUUAUUCAUAAGUACACAGAAUGUCUCGCUGACAACAAAAUGAGGAAAUGUAUUUUGGUCACAUAUGGGAGCUGCUGCAGCAGAAAUUUUGUAUUGUCAGUAAAUAAAGUCUUUUACCUAUUAUAACAUAUGCAGACUUGUAUUCACGUAUUCAAUGUAUGAUAAUGAUAUUAUAUAAAUGGACUUAUUCAUAAGUACACAGAAUGUCUCGCUGACAACAAAAUGAGGAAAUGUAUUUUGGUCACAUAUGGGAGCUACUGCAGCAGAAAUUUUGUAUUGUCAUUAAAUAAAGUCUUUUACCUAUUAUAACAUAUGCAGACUUGUAUUCACGUAUUCAAUGUAUGAUAAUGAUAUUAUAUAAAUGGACUUAUUCAUAAGUACACAGAAUGUCUCGCUGACAACAAAAUGAGGAAAUGUAUUUUGGUCACAAAUGGGAGCUACUGCAGCAGAAAUUUUGUAUUGUCAUUAGGUAAAGUCGUUUACCUAUUAUAACGUAUGCAGACUUGUAGUCACGUAUUCGAUGUAUGAGAACGAUACUACAGUAUAUUUCUUCCAUGUGCUUUUAUCACGAUUAUUCAUGUUAUACUCCGGUUAUGAACUCCUUAACCACCACUUGUAAAGACAAGCCAUCUAUCCGCAACUAUGUUGUAUGUAGUUUCUUCGAAUUCAAAACAGAUGAAGUAAAUAUUUUGUCACAUCAUUUUGGUGGAGUCUUGAUGAGUGGGUUGAGACUAUUCCAUGAAAGUGUCGUAGAUUUCAAAAAAAAAUCUUUCUCUUUAGAUAGCUGUCUGUCCGAAUUGCUCAUCUACUUUAUAAAAGUGAAAGGUGUUUCAAAAGCACAGUACUUAUCAUUCCUGGUUUCCUUUGUCUAACGUUCUUUUCGUUUACGCAUAUAAUUCCAAACCUUAAUAAACUGAAGUUGCUGGUUUUAAACCUUG